AUGGUUACCGCAAAGCCUGGGACCGGGGACCUAAAUAACAACAAAACCGAGCCCUCAGAACGCCAGACACCGCUUCAAGCCACGCAGCCCCGCCUGGGGCACGAACCGGCACCCCGAGCCCCGCCAGACCCGCAGCCCAGCUCCGCGGCAGCCUGCCCACAACAAAGCUGCCCCGUGGGGGCCAUCGGGAGCAGAGCACCGUGGCCGGGGGAGCGGGGCCGCCGGGACACCCUCACCGCGGCUCCCCUCGCGUGGCGGCGGGGGCAGCGCGGCCCAGGCCCGGUCCCGAGGCAGCCGAGCCGAGGGGGCAGGAGGGCGGCGGGAAAGGUGACUCAGCGGAUCCUCCCCCCCCCCCCCAGCCCCGCCGGCCGUACUCACCGCCCCGCCGGCGGCUCUCCCAACGGCGCCCCGCUGAAGGCCUUACCGCCGCCCGCGGCGUUUCCUGAUCCCGGCCACCGGCUCCGCUCGGCCCCUGCCCGUCCCUCCACUGGCGGCUCCCGGCGCCGCUCCCGCCGCUUUCCGCGCCACCCGCGCUCCGGGCCGGUCCCGUCCCCGCCCCGCCCGCCGCAGCUCGCGCGGCCCCGGCCCCCUCCGCGCUGGCUCGCGCGCCCGCUCCUUAUUCGCCCGACUCUGUCUCUCUUCAGCCGCCGUAACCGGGGCCUUCCGCUGCCCGCCCCGCACCCAUUUAAUGGCCCGCGCGCAGGCUGGGGGAGCGCCGAGGGCCCGCAGGCACUCUCGUCAGACAGCCCUGCGGGGGAGGCUGUCGCCGGGAGCAGCGGCGGCGGGACGUGUUGGAAAUCCCUGGAGUUGCACGAAGUCCAACAACUUCCUAGGCAUAAAAUGCAUGCAACUGGGCAAUCUGUUACUCCCCAGUCUGCCAGAGAAGUUGGGUAUACGUGGAAUCAAAGAAGAAGAUUGAAAGAAUUCCAAGCCAGAUAUCUAGCAAGGAAAUUCUUCUAUUUGUGGGCAAAAAAGACAUUUGGACAAAUUCUCCCUUCCACAGCCAGAUGCUUUUAUGACCAGAAGAUUCUUCAGAAAACAUUUGGACAGUGGAAGGACUUGUGGACUGCUUGUAGAGAAAGGAAGCUCAGCCUCAGAGCAGAGCACCAUUACAGGCACUUACUCCAUAAUUUGGUAUUCAAGGCUUGGAGAGCCUAUGUGUGCCAGCAGCAAGGGAAGAGGAACAAGUACUGUGUUGCAGAGUCUCAUGCAAAGAAGCAAAACUUGCUCAGGACGUGGCAAUGCUGGGUGGUUUAUGUCCGUGUUCAAAGGACCAAGAGUGGGAUGCAGUCUGUGGCACUGGCAUUCAGGGAAAGAAGCUGUUUGAGCAGGUGGUGGGCAGUGUGGAGACGACAGCACUACCAGAACUGCACUGAACACAGAAUCAAUGUUCUGGCUCUGCAGCAUUGGGCCCAGAGCCUGCAAUUUCGAGCUUGGUUGCAGUGGAGGGAGCUGUAUUUGUACAGCCAGAAUGACAAGCAGAAAGCAACCAGGGCAGUAACUCACCAUCAGCACUGGGUACUGAAGAGAUGCAUGGAAGCUUGGCUGAGGUACUUAAACCUCCAUAAAGCAAAGAAACAUCAAAAUGAGGUAGCCCAAGAGCACCACAGGAGCAGGGUAGUCCAGCAGUGUUUCUCUGACUGGUGGCUGUCAUGGGACUGCAGGAGGAGAAUGCGUGCUCACCAGGAAGACACUGAGAGACUGGCAGGAAGGAUUGCCAUAAGGAGAGUCUUUGCACACUGGAAGCAUUAUGUGCUGUGUGUGGAAGAGAUUCGACAGCAGGAACUGGCUGAAAACCACUACAAGCAUCAUCUGUUGAAACUUGGGUUUAAGGCUUUUUGUCAGAAUGUCAUCACCACUCAUCUUCAGCAAAUGAGAAAAAAUCUGGCACACCGUCAGCAUCAAGUUACAGUGCUGAAGAAGUUCUGGAACUGUUGGAAGUCCCAUUUGGAAAAGAAGGAAGAAGAGCAGCAGCAGGCCUUAACAGCAGUGGCUCAUGCCCGUUAUAGGAGGGUGUUGAUGAGACAGGUAUUUAACACAUGGCUGCUGAACACCUGCAAGCAGCAAGAAUACAGAACUGAAGAGAAGAGGGCUGUACUUCAUUUUGAGAGGCAGCUAUUGCGUGGCUUCUGGUGCUCCUGGCGCAGGAGAACAGCUGCAUGUUUAGAGGAGCAAGAGGGCUUGGUUCGUGCAAGAGGUCACUACAGUAACCUGCUGCUGCUAAAGGCUUUCUGUCUGUGGAAACAAAAUACUCAGGAGAGAAAAACAGAGACACUUAAGGAGAGGCAAGCCUUACGUUUUCAUGAUUCAAAGUGUCUGCAGCAGUCUUGGAACAAGUGGAGGGAGUACCUGGAACAUCAACGUGAGAAAUGGAGGAAGUUGGUAGAAGCAGACGUGCAUUAUCAGCACACAUUGCUGGGCAAGACCUUUGCAGCCUGGAAGAUUUACCAACAUAACAUCCAGUGCAUUAUGUACCAAGUAGAUGAAAAGGAGAAACAGCACACUAGGCUACUGCUGCGGCAGCUUCUGUGUACAUGGAGAGAAAAUGCCCUUGCUCUUAUAUGUGAAGCUAAGGCAACUUCUCGAGCAGAUGAGCACUACAGGAGAGCAAUCCUGUUAAAGGUGUUGCUGCAGUGGAGAUCUGCUGCAUCACUGCAAGGGUAUUACCGUCAGCAGAAGAUGACAGCUGUGAUGGAGGCCAGAAAACAGUUGGAUCUAGUGCAUUUACAGAACCUGUUUCUUCACUGGAAGAGAUUAACCAGGGAGUCUCUGCUGGCAAGGGCUCAGCAGUACAGGGCAGUACAGCACCACCAGCAGCAUGUACUCCAGAAGUAUCUGGUGAAGUGGAAGAAAUAUCAUCAGCUGUGCCUUGAGAAAAUGCUACUGCAGAGACAGGGAGAUCAGCUAAUGGCUUAUAGGCUUUGCUCUGCUUCCUUCUCUUGUUGGAAGACACAGCUGUUGCAGCAGCGAUGGGAAAAGCAGAAGACAGUGCAAGCCCUGUGGCACUGGUCCCUUUCAUUGCAGAGAAAGGUAUUUGAUGCUUGGCUCCUGUUUGCCAAGGGAAAACAGCAGAAGGAAGGUGAUAUUGAAAAAGCCACAGGACUUUACCAUACUACUUCUCUGAGAGAAAGCUAUGCUGCUGGCAUCAAGCAGUUGCAGGGACAGCUCCAAGCCCAGCACCAGCUGAAGGCAGCCCACAACCUUCACCUGUCAGUGUAUCACUGUGCCCUGCUAUGGAAACAGAAGGCACUCUCCAAGAAAUUAAAUAACCCUUGUUCUUUUCUGCCACCUCUCAAGAAGCAGGUGACAUUUAAAAUGCCCAAUGCUACCCCUGAGACAAGAGAACAUUCAACAGAGAAAGAGCCACGGCCUUCAAAAUGCAAUCAUCUGCCAUUUGACCUUGAUGAUGGGAACUCAAUUCUUCAAGAUCUAAAUGCUAGUCAACAAGCAAGGUUACGACCACAGAGGUCUGACUUCCUUCUGGAAUCUCUAGAAAGCAAGGAACUUCUGGGACCUCCUUUUACUAGAUCAGAAGCACCCUUUCAGCAAAUAUCUGUGAAAAAAAGUUCUGCACAGACUGGGAAUUUAAUGCUAGCACCUCUGCUGGAAAAAAGUAAACGUCUGUCUCAAAGUGGCGAUACCUCUCCUUCCUGUCCAUCUCUCCCAUCUGUUUCACUGGGGACACAUGAUGUGCACCAUGCUGUUCAGAGGCCAGAGCUAUGGUCUUCUUCACCUUUUAUAACCCAGAUGAAAACUUGGGGAGAAGUGAGAGGCAGUCAGCCUGGGAGUGGUCACAAUGGAGCCCAGUGCCAGGACUCUCAGCAGGAGACUGUGGAGAAGUUGCAACCAAAGUUACAGUCACGUUUGCUGUCACCUGAAGAAGUGGUGGGAGAAAGGAGUCACCAAACUGCAGGGCAAGAAGGGGAGCACAGUUUCAGAGAAGAAAUGGUGUUACAGAGACAGCUAGAAGGUGAACUUCGACACAUCCAACAGCAGAUGCAGUACUACUACAGCAAGAAACAAGAACUCAGGUCCUGUCAGCAGCAGGCACAGAUUCUACAGAAGUGGCUAGAAAAUAGCACACAAUCAGAGGACAGAGGUGGUGUACAAGAGCUUAAGGAAGAAUUGCAUCAGAUGCAGGUGAGGAUCAGCACUCUCAGCAAAGCACAACCAAGAGACAGACAGCAUGUGCAGAAGCUGCUUGCCAGACUGCAAGAUAUCGAGAUCACGCUGGAGACAUACUGCACCUGAGACAAUUUUCCAGCUCAGGGGUAGGACUUUUUGCCCAUGGUAUUUCAGGGGAGGAUGGAUGAGAUGUGUAUGUUCAUAGUCUAUGUACAGCUUUUUUUUUAUAAAUAUUUUUCCUUGGCUUUGUUACUGUCUCAAAGUUAAAA